AUGUCCAGAUCCUACGACCGCGCCCUUACCGUUUUCUCCCCCGAUGGUCAUUUGUUCCAGGUCAAUACCAAAGCUGUUAGGAAGGGAACUUGCGCUGUCGGUGUGCGCGGGAAAGAUGUAGUAGUCCUCGGAGUCGAGAAGAAGUCGGUUUUGCAACUUCAAGACCCCAGGACAGUACGCAAAGUUGUCAUGUUGGACGAUCACAUUUGCCUGGCAUUUGCGGGACUCACCGCCGACGGACGUGUUCUAAUCGACAAGGCACGGAUAGAGUGCCAGAGCCACCGUUUGACUGUAGAAGACCCCGUUACCGUCGAAUAUAUUACUAGGUAUAUUGCUGGAAUCCAACAGAAAUACACCCAAUCCGGUGGUGUUCGACCAUUCGGAAUCUCCACUUUGAUCGUAGGAUUCGACCCCAACGAUAACAAACCCCGCCUCUACCAAACCGAGCCCAGUGGAAUCUACAGCGCGUGGAAGGCAAACGCUAUUGGCCGAUCUUCAAAAACUGUGCGCGAAUUCCUGGAGAAGAACCACAAAGACGAUCUUUCACGGGAAGAGACCAUUAAGCUGACAGUGAAGAGCCUGUUGGAGGUUGUGCAAACUGGAGCCAAGAACAUUGAAAUCAGCGUGAUGGAGAGCUAUGGCAAGAUCACGACCCUUGAGUUAUCUGAAAUUGAAGCUAUCGUGUCGGAGAUCGAGAAGGAAAAGGAGGCCGAGGCCGAAAGGAAACGUUCAAGGCUUGCAGCAACUGCUGCGGGUCAAGCUGCUAUGGCUCAACGGGCCUCGGAGACAUCAUCAUGAUCAACUUUGAACUUAGCAUGUACAAUAGCAAUAGCCAUAAAUACCAUAUCUUUUCCUCUGGGUGCCCCUA